AUGUCCUCAGGCGUUUUGUUUUCCUUCUGUGUUCAUUGGCAAGCAACGCUUGGCUCAACGGAUGUGGCGCAUAAUAAGAACUCAUUCUAUAAACUCCAACUUCUCAAACACGACGUUAAAAAUGGCUACUAUUUGUUCCGAUCAUGGGGCCGUGUUGGAACGAAUAUUGGAGGAUCAAAAACUGAGAAAUAUGGCGCUGCACUUGAUCGUGCGAAAGAGGAUUUCGAGAAGUUAGUUUAUUUCUUUCUUCGCUUUAGAUGCAUCACGAGAAUCGAUUUGGAUAAGAUGCCGUUAGGACGAUUGUCGAAACGUCAAAUAGACGAUGCGUACAAGGUGUUGAGCGAACUCCAGAAUGUAACGUUUUCAUGUGAUACACCUACUGAUGCUACAAGUGACCAUUAUUUGGAUGCUACUAAUCGUUUUUACACUUACGUCCCACAAAACUUCGGUAUGGCUGCGCCACCGAUAUUAAAUACAAAAGAGAAAAUAACGGAGAAGAGCAAGUUGUUGGAUGAGUUAGCAGAGAUUGCAAUAGCGUACAGUUUGAUGAAGUCAGAUUUCGUGGAGGAUGGCGAUGCAACGAAAAGUCAACUCGAUUUAUAUUAUGAAAAGUUACAUGCAGAGAUGGAGGUGAGUGAUGCGUUUGAAUUCGCAUAUUACGAUGUCUAUAACUGCUCAUGUUUCGGGAAUAAAUUAUUGAUCAGUUUCAGUUUAGAUUGUAAUGUUGAAAUUCUGAUAAAACAUUGUUUAGUUUCCUUAUUUUUGACGACUUUGAGCUGUUCAUCGGAUUAG